CGACCUGAAUCCCACUGGGUCUCGCGAGAGAGCAGGCGCACGUCUCGCGAUAAGCGGGCACGGGCGGAGCGAAGGGAGAUCCGAGCAGCGGCGGCAAGCGGGCUGCGGCCGGCUGAGAAGGAAAGUGACCAUGGAAGACAUGGGGGAAAACACCACUGUCUUGUCUACCCUGAGGUCUUUGAACAACUUCAUUUCUCAGCGAGUGGAGGGAGGAUCUGGACUGGAUAUUUCCACCUCUGCCCCAGGUUCUCUGCAGAUGCAGUACCAACAGAACAUGCAGUUGGAGGAAAGAGCAGAACAGAUUCGUUCGAAGUCCCACCUCAUCCAAGUGGAGCGGGAGAAGAUGCAGAUGGAGUUGAGUCACAAGAGAGCUCGAGUGGAGCUGGAGAGAGCAGCCAGCACCAGUGCCAGGAACUAUGAGCGCGAGGUUGACCGCAACCAGGAGCUCCUGACACGCAUCCGGCAGCUUCAGGAGCGGGAGGCCAGGGCAGAGGAGAAGAUGAAGGAGCAGCUGGAACGCAACAAGUUGUGUCAGCAGAGCCUGGAGGCCACCAGCAAGAAGCUGCGGGAGAAGGAGGACAGCCUGGUCGAGGCCGGCGAGACUGUCAGCGUGUUAAAGGGGAGAAUCUCGGAGCUGCAGUGGAGCGUGAUGGACCAGGAGAUGCAGGUGAAGCGCCUGGAGUCUGAGAAGCAGGAGUUGCAGGAGCAGCUAGACCUGCAGCACCGAAAGUGUCAGGAAGCCCAUCAGAAAAUUCAGGACCUCCAGGCCAGUCAGGAGGUGAGAGCAGACCAUGAGCAGCAGAUUAAGGAUCUGGAACAGAAGCUGUCCCUGCAAGAGCAGGACGCUGCGAUUGUGAAGAACAUGAAGUCCGAGCUGGUGCGGCUCCCCAAGGUGGAGCGGGAGCUCAAGCAGCUGCGGGAGGAGAACGCUCGCCUGCGGGAGAUGAGAGAGACCCAUGGGCUUCUCCAGGAGGAGCUGGAGGGGCUGCAAAGGAGGCUGGGGCGCCAGGAGAAGAUGCAGGAGACGCUGGUCAACCUGGAGCUGGAGAAGGAGAGGCUGCUGGCGAAGCUGCAGAGCUGGGAGCGGCUGGACCAGACAACGGGCUUGAACCUCAGGACUCCGGAAGACCUUUCCAGAUUUGUUGUCGAGGUGCAGCAGAGAGAGCUUGCCUUGAAGGAUAAGAACAACACCAUCACCAGCAGUGCUCGGGGGCUGGAACAGGCCAGGCAGCAGCUCCAGGAGGAGGUCCGCCAGGUCCGUGGUCAGCUGCUAGAGGAGAGGAAGAGGCGUGAGACACAUGAGGCGCUGGCUCGAAGACUCCAGAAGCGAGUCCUGCUGCUCACGAAGGAGCGAGAUGGCAUGCGGGCCAUCCUGGGCUCCUACGACAGCGAGCUGACCCCCGCCGAGUAUUCGCCCCAGCUGACCCGGCGCGUGCGGGAGGCUGAAGACAUGGUACAGAAGGUGCACGCCCAUAGCACGGAGGUGGAGGCUCAGCUGUCACAGGCCCUGGAGGAGCUGGGAGGCCAGAAACAAAGAGCGGACAUGUUGGAGAUGGAGCUGAAGAUGCUGAAGGCCCAGUCGAGCUCCGCUGAGCAGAGCUUCCUGUUCUCCAGGGAGGAGGUGGACACACUCAGGUUAAAGGUCGAGGAGCUGGAGGGGGACCGCAGGAGCCUGGAAGAAGAGAAGAGGGUGCUGGAGGCGCAGCUGGAGAGGGGUGUCCUGCAGGGCGACUAUGACCGGAACAGGACCAAAGUGGUGCAUAUGAGCCUGAACCCCACCAGCGUGGCUAGGCAGCGCCUGCGCGAGGACCGGGACCAGCUGCAGGCGGAGUGCGAGCGGCUACGAGGGCUGGUGCGUGCUCUGGAGAGAGGAGGCCCCGUCCCAGCUGACCUCGAGGCCACUGCAUGUCUGCCGUCGUCCAAGGAGGUGGCAGAGCUGAGGAAGCAGGUGGAAAGUGCCGAACUGAAGAACCAGCGGCUGAAGGAGGUUUUCCAGACUAAGAUCCAGGAAUUCCGCAAAGUCUGCUAUACGCUCACGGGCUACCAGAUCGACAUCACCACGGAGAACCAGUACCGGCUGACCUCCCUAUAUGCUGAGCACAAGGCUGACUGCCUCAUCUUCAAGGCCACGGGCCCCUCGGGCUCCAAGAUGCAGCUGCUGGAGACGGAGUUCUCGCGCACCGUGGGCCCGCUCAUCGAGCUGCACCUGCUGCGCCAGGACAGCAUCCCCGCCUUCCUCAGCUCCCUCACCCUCGAGCUCUUCAGCCGCCAGACCGCCGUGGCCUAGGCGGCAGCGCAAGAACCCCUCUGCCUCGGCCUGUCC